AUCGGUGCAGUAAGACGAUUAUAAAUACGCAGAUUUCACGGUUCGUUUAAAUUUUCAUCCCAUAUCCGAAACUACAACUAAGUGCCACCUGCAAUCCAAUGUAGAAUAUCACCAAAGAGUGCUAGUAGGUUGCAUCAGCGAAUGCAACCGACCAUCGCCUAGUAGACUCUCGGCUCAAAUUUCAUCGUCGUCGCCGUCUGGUUUCGUGUGUGUCUGGAGCGGAAAUGGCGGCUCUGCCACCGCGUAAAAAUCCUACGCCAACGAAAAUCUCCAAGCAGCACUUAACUCCGUUGCAGAUACUGCUUCAGAUGGGAUUUCCGAAGCAUAGGGCUGAAAAGGCUUUGGCUGCAACCGGAAAUCGUGGUGUACAGCUGGCCUCCGAUUGGCUGUUGGCACACGUCAACGAUCCAUCGCUGGACGAAUGUUCACCACGGGAGUACAUCCUGUACGCCUGCCCGACUGGGCCAUUUCUGCAGCAGUUGGAGAACUUUUGGACCCAAUCUCGUGAGCUGUGCGGGUGGAAUGGGGCACACAACUUUACGCCUCACAUCACGCUGGUGUCGUUCUUCAAGGCACCGGACGAGUGUGCUCCACAGCUUUCGAAAGCCUUGAAAGAGUUGAUGACUCUGCCGGGGGCACACAUUGAUCGGCCCAUCACCUUGGAACUGUACACGAGCCCGAACUUUAUGGGCUUCUUCGUAGUCGAAGACGAUGCCAACUAUCUGAAGCGAUUGGCGCUUCAGUAUGUCAAGGAAGUAUCCCAUUCGAUAAUCAGCGACACAUACGAACAGUUAGACGCGCUAGUUACCUGUUUUCCAUGGUGCGGGGGAGUAACAUCAGCCCGUUGUAUACCGCGUAGCAGCCGAUCGAUUUCGUUGGAGCCGCAUGUCAAGUCGCUGCACUUGACGCUAGCGUACCAGUUCCCGCCAAAUCAGUUCAACGCGCUGAAGCAGUUGGUGGAGAAUUUGGAUAGCACCUGCACCGGCGCCAACUGGGAGCUGCGGCUAUACUCGAGGGACUCGCGACUGGCGACCAAACAGGUCCACAAAGUGCUCUACCCGCACACCCCUCGUGAGCCGGACGAACUGGAGCUGCGGAUCGGCGACUACAUCUACCUAAGCUCGGAAGCGAUCCAAAACUCCUCGGACGGAUGGGUCGAGGGAAUCUCCUGGCUCACCGGCACCAACGGGUAUCUGCCGGAAAACUACACCGAACGGACGGCCGAAUCCGACGCCUGGACCAUGCACCGCACCGUACAGCUGUGCGAUCCAAUAACCCCGGACCAAGCAGAACCAGCAUCAGCGGAUAUGGUCGACGGUGUAGCCGGUUGCAACCACACCGCAGAUCAGGAAGACCAUGACGUUGAAUCGCAAGAAACCGUAUCAGUAGGUCACGGUGACGUGCAACAACAGGUAGAGAUGGCGCAGGUGGACGGAAAAUCGAAGGAGGAUGUUAUCUCAGCGGAAAAGCUAUACGAGUUGAUGAAAAAGCGGACGACGAUGUCGGUGAUUGCCGGAAACGCUGGUGAAGAAUCGAGAGAUGUUUCAGUGGCCAAGGAUGCCGUUGCCGGUAGACGAAUCUACGUUCUGCGACACGGCGAGCGAAUCGAUUUCACUUUUGGAACGUGGAUACCGUACUGUUUCGAUCAAGCGGGUAACUACAUUAGGAAGGAUCUAAAUAUGCCAAAGUCUUUACCUCAGAGAUUAAGUACCCACUGGAAGCGGGAUUCACCGUUGACCAACAUGGGUUGCUAUCAGGCUCGGCUGACGGGCGAUGCGAUGAAGGACGCCGGCGUUCGGAUCGAUCACGUGUACAGUUCACCGUCGUUCCGAUGCAUUCAAACGAUCACGGGAAUACUGGAAGGCCUUGGACUGAAAGACAGUCACCCGAUUCACGUGGAACCGGGACUGUUCGAGUGGUUGGCAUGGUACCAGGAAGGACUACCGGAGUGGAUGUCCAACGAGGAACUCGUAGCGGCAGACUACAACAUUGUGAUGGACUACGAUCCCUUGACCAAGGUUGACGAUCUCAAGUUACGAUUGCAGGAAGGUUUGGAGGAGUUCUACCAGCGAAACUCGGCAAUAACGGAACAUUUGAUCAACAGUACAAACGGUAACAUUCUAAUCGUGGGUCACGCAACUACCCUGGACACUUGCACGCGCCACAUCGUGGGCGAGAAGCUACGCUCGACGAACGACAUGAGCCGGAUUAUGCAAAAAGUUCCUUACUGCAGUAUGGCAGUGAUCGAGUCGGAGGACGGUAUCGGCGACUGGAAACUUGUGGAACCUCCGUGCGAUCCCAUCACCCACACCAAUAACAAUCGGUUCGAUUGGAAGAUUCUAACCUAAAGAGGCACCUGUCGACGAUAGACUUAUCUAAGAAGCUUUCGCUAGGAUUCUGAAACGUAUUCAUCGGUAGGCGAAGCAAUUUUCGACCGAUUUUUUACCACAUUUGAAGUAGAUUGCAGUAUACGAUACUGCGCAGCGGUGUACACUGAGCGUUAUUAAAAUACUGCCUGCAAUGGAGGUCGGAGGUUUCUUUCCUAUCCUAAAAGCUAAUGGGUAUUACAAUUCCUGCAUAACUUUAUGACUGUUAUGCUCGUUUGUUGAACGUGGAUUAGGAUACAGAAUGAGUUUAGUGAAGAGGAAUAUCCAUCUGGACUGCCCGUAAUCGCAUAUUAGACCCAUUUCUGCUUUAUUUCCUCUUGAUAUAGGAUAGUUAUGCGAUUAUGGGUAAUGGAUUUCACUACCACUCACUAGCAGAAAUUCUCAAAACUUCGUCACUUCCCGGAUUUUGUUUUUCUUUAAAAUCUCCCAAAUCUCAUUUUAUAUAUUGAACCUCUGGACAAAAACAAAACUUCUACAGAAUUAUUUGUGAACUGCUUGAAAACUACUUGAAUCCAUGGACAUGCGUGUGGACAAUUGUUCCAUGUUGGUAUGAAACUCCAUAGCACAUGGGAUAAUUAUGCGUCCACAGGUAGUGAAGUUGAUUCUAAAUAGGUAAUAUAUAUAUUUUUUUUAAUCUGAGGUAGCUUGAGUAUCUGUCUUUUCCCAGUAAUCCAUCAUGAACUAAAAAUUGGCUUGACUUUGGUCUGAAAGUUACAUAGAUCUACCGUAGAAACAUUCUAAAUUUCUACGCAAUUGGGAAGAAUAUUUCGUACUAUCAGAAAUGUUCUCCAAGCUUUCUCCUAUCUCCGAAAGUCAAACAGCUUAAUCAAUAAGAGUUCUGCAAAUAGUCCCAAGUGUUCCCAUGACUUCUCUAGAAAAUCCAUUAGGCUUGCAGCAUAAUAUUCUUCAAGAAUCUAUCCAUAACCCGUACUUCCUUCGGAAAAUAGUAAGAAGAACCAAGAACUUCUAGGGAGGAAAUUGGAGGGAUUCCAAUGGCUCGCUACGUUUUGUGAAAUAUCGCUGAUUAUCGAGUAACAUUUUUGGUUUUGUCAUGCUCUUGUAGAUUUAGGCUUGAAGAAUGCAUUAAAACCUCGGUAAAACUUUGUUACUUGGGUGGAAAACUCUUUCAGGUAAAUGUUUGGAGAACUUCUG